AUGAAACGAGGAAGAAAAACUAAUGAGGCCAACAGCAGUUCAUCUGAAGAGACAUCUGAGAAGGAAUCCAAGAGACACAAGGUUCUAGAGAAGAAAACCAUAGCUGCGCAGAGUCCUGACUGGGCAAACCUCCUUCCAGACAUUAUCCUGCAGGUGUUCCAGUACUUGCCCCUUCUGGAUCGUGCUCAUGCGUCGCAGGUCUGCCGAAGCUGGAACCAGGUGUUCCAUAUGCCUGAUCUUUGGAGGUGCUUUGAGUUUGAACUGAAUCAACCAGCCACAUCUAACUUGAGGACUACACAUCCUGAACUAAUCAAGCAGAUAAUAAAGAGACAUUCCAAUCACCUGCAGUAUGUAAGCUUCAAGGUGGACAGUAGCAAGGAAUCUGCAGAAGCAGCUUGUGAUAUUUUAUCACAGCUUGUGAAUUGCUCUCUGAAAACACUUGGGCUAAUUUCAACUGCCCGGCCAAGCUUCAUGGAUUUACCAAAGUCUCAUUUUAUUUCUGCACUGACAGUGGUGUUUGUAAACUCCAAAUCCCUCUCUUCCCUUAAAAUUGAUGAUACACCAGUAGAUGAUCCAUCCCUCAAAGUGCUAGUGGCUAACAACAGUGAUACACUCAAACUGUUGAAAAUGAGCAGUUGUCCUCAUGUUUCUCCAGCUGGUAUCCUGUGUGUGGCUGACCAGUGCCAUGGCUUACGUGAGCUGGCGCUGAACUACCACCUGCUGAGCGACGAGCUGCUGCUCGCGUUGUCGUCUGAGAAGCACGUCAGGCUAGAACACUUGCGCAUUGACGUUGUCAGUGAAAAUCCUGGACAGACUCAGUUCCAUACGAUCCAGAAGAGCAGCUGGGACGCUUUCAUCAAGCAUUCUCCUAAAGUCAAUUUAGUGAUGUACUUUUUCCUGUACGAGGAGGAGUUUGACCCGUUCUUUCGUUAUGAAAUACCUGUCACUCACCUUUACUUUGGCAGAUCGGUAAGCAAAGACGUCCUGGGCCGCGUCGGGAUGACGUGCCCGCGGCUGGUGGAGCUGGUGGUGUGUGCCAACGGGCUGCGGCCGCUGGAUGAGGAGCUGAUCUGCAUCGCCGAGCGCUGCAAGUAUCUGUCGGCCGUCGGCCUAGGGGAGUGUGAAGUCUCUUGCAGUGCCUUUGUGGAGUUUGUGAAGAUGUGUGGUGGUCGUCUCUCUCAGCUCUCUAUUAUGGAGGAAGUUUUGGUUCCUGAUCAGAAAUACAGCUUAGAGCAGAUUCACUGGGAAGUUUCAAAGCAUCUGGGUCGAGUCUGGUUCCCAGACAUGAUGCCCACAUGGUAA